AUGGCCAUCCCACGUGCUCUCUCUCCCGGCUACUGGUUGGACCGCGCCCUCACUAUCUUUCUAAACCUUGUUCUCGCCAUACUCUUAAAAACUCUCAGUAUCAUCAAAGGCGAAGAUACUGCUGUCAUAACUGUGAGUGUGAAUGCUAUCAAAAAUCAAAGGGGCACUUUACAUGUAAUCCCCCCAUCAAAUGGCGAUUUUACGGCUGGCCUUAUCGAAGUCGAAAAAAUCAGAGGAAGAGAGGUCGAAGAUGUGAAAGUCAGAGAGGUGGAAUUCAACAAAUCAAGAUUCGAAGGAAUUAAAUUCAAUGAGGAAAUCUAUGAAAUCAACGUCAAUAGAGAGAUUACUACACCACCUAUAGUCGACGAGAUUAAAAUCACUGAACAGGUCGACGAGAAAGUUGAAGAGACGGAAGUCCAAAUCGAAGUCGAUGAGGUUAAUGAAGUCCAUGUCGCUGAGGUCGAAAUCGAUAAUGUCGAAGUUGAUGAAGUUGAGGUUAAUGAAGUCCAUGUCGCUGAGGUUGAAAUCGAUAAUGUCGAAGUCGCUGAGGUCGAAGUCGAGUCUAAUGAAGUCCAUGUCGAAGUCGAAGUCAAUAAGGUUGAAGUCGAUGAGGUCCAUGUCGAUGAAGUCCAUGUCGCUGAGGUCGAAACUGAGGAAGUCCAAACCGAGGAAGUCGAAACCGAGGAAGUCGAAACCGAGGAAGUCGAAACCGAGGAAAUCGAAACCGAGGAAAUCGAAACCGAGGAAGUCCAAACCGAGGAAGUCCAAACCGAGGAAAUCGAAACCGAGGAAGUCGAAACCGAGGAAGUCCAUGUCUCUGAGGUCGAAACCGAGGAAGUCGAAACCGAGGAAGUCCAAAUCGAUGAAGUCCAUGUCUCUGAGGUCGAAACCGAGGAAGUCGAAACCGAGGAAGUCCAAAUCGAUGAAGUCCAUGCCUCUGAGGUCGAAAUCGAGGAAGUCCAAAUCGAUGAAGUCCAUGCCUCUGAGGUCGAAACCGAGGAAGUCGAAACCGAGGAAGUCCAAAUCGAUGAAGUCCAUGUUGCUGAGGUCGAAGUCGAUAAGGAAGUUGAUGAAGUCCAUGUCGAUGAAGUCCAUGUCGACGAAGUGAAAGCUGUAGAAACUGAAGUUAUAGAGACGGAAAUCGAGGAGACUGCCGAGUUCACAGAAAAAGAAGUCGCCGAAACGGAAGAGAUUGUAAUAACAGAAACUGUAGAGACUAAGAAUCUCGAUGAACAAGUACAUGUCGACAAUGAAGUUGAGACCCUUCCGCAACCAGAGACCGCCCUUAACGAAUUGUCCGAUGGCGAAAGUACAGUUGUUAGCGAUGCAGAGCACGAAGAACAUGAGCCUAAAUCAUAUCCCGAAGAAAAUGAGCCUGCUCAGAUCACCGAAGAGAACACAAGCAACGCUCCAUCAGAAAUGAAAACUUCAUCUGCACAAUUCGAUAACAAUCCCAUAGUAUCGGUUGAUUUCCACUGGAAACACGGCGGCAACAGAGUUGUCGUUACUGGCGAUUUCGAUAACUGGCAAGCAAAUAACGAAAUGACAAAACUUCCAAACGGUGAUUUCGUUGCGACAAUACCCAUCGACCGCAACAAGGAGCAUACUUUCAAGUUUGUAAUCGACAACGACUGGAGAUGCAAUCCUGACUACGAAACAACACGAGAUCAAUAUGGAAACGAGAACAAUACCCUAUUGGCAUUCCCAGCUGGUAUAGUUACUUCUGAAUACAGGGAUAUUGCGACGACAUCUUCCUUCCAACUCGCCACAGCUUUCUAA